AUGAUCAGGUUUCCUCUUCCUACAGGGUCUCCUCUGUGGUCCAAGGAGCGCUUCAGUCCAAUCGUGGCCCAGAAGGGUCAGUCGCUGGUGCUGCACUGCCGACCCCCUGCAGGCCUGCCGCCGCCCAUCGUCUUCUGGAUGGACAACAAUUUCCAGCGUCUCCCUCAGAGCCGGCGUGUGUCUCAGGGUCUGAAUGGAGAUCUGUACUUCUCCAACGUGCAGAUGGAGGAUUCCAGGAACAACUACAUCUGCUACGCCCGCUUCCCGCACACACAGACCAUCCAGCAGAAGCAGCCCAUCAGCGUGCACGUCACCGAGCUGGAGUCGCUCAAUGACACUAUGGCAGAUAUUUUCAAUGACACUGAUUGGUUCAGUGAUAAGCCGAUAGAGGAGCGAGUGCCCGUCUUCAUGGUUCCCAGUGGCUCUCGGAGCUCUGAGCUGGUGCUGAGAGGAGAAACUCUGGAGAUGGAGUGUAUCGCAGACGGACUGCCCACUCCUGCGGUGUCAUGGAGCAAACGCAGCGGUGAGAUCCCCAGCGCUCGAGCCUCUUUCCUCAACUACAACAAGACCCUGCGCAUCACUGAGGUGUCAGAAGCAGACGCUGGAGAAUACCAGUGCAGAGCCACCAACACACAGGGCUCCGUACACCACACCUACAGAGUCACUGUUAGAGCGGCCCCGUACUGGAUCAGUGCCCCUAAAAACCUGGUUCUGGCUCCUUUGGAGACCGGCGCCAUCUCCUGUCUGGCCGGAGGAAACCCAAAACCCACGAUACACUGGUCUGUCAACGGCCUGCCCAUCAGCGAUGCUCCUAAAGACCCGAGCCGGCGUGUGGAGAACGACACCAUCAUCUUCUCGGCGGUGCAGACGGGCUCCAGUGCUGUGUAUCAGUGUAACGCAACCAACCAGUACGGAGAUCUGCUGCACAACGCCUUCGUCAACGUGCUGGCCGAGCCCCCCAGAGUCCUCACCCCCUCAGAUAAAGUCUAUCAGGUGAUCGUCAACAAGCCGGCACUGCUGGAGUGUGUGUCGUUCGGAUCGCCCAUCCCGACCAUUACAUGGUUUAAGGACAGCCGCUCCAGUAUGCUGGAUGGAGACCCGUAUGUGUUCCAUGAUAACGGUGCGCUGGAGAUCCACGUCUCUCAGGGCUCCAACAGCGGGAAGUACACCUGCGUCGCCCGCAACAACCUGGGCAUCUCCGAGAACCACGUCUACCUGGAGGUCAAAGAGCCCACCCGUAUCCUGCGUCCCCCAGAGUACCGUGUGGUGCAGAGGAACACAGACGUGCUGUUUGAGUGUAAAGUGAAGCACGACCCGUCACUGGUGCCCUCCGUCAGCUGGAGGAGAGACGGCGGAGAGCUGCCGUAUGACGAGCGGUUUCGUGUGGACGCAGACAGCCUGACCAUCUCAGACGUGUCGGAGAGUGACGCGGGUGUGUACACGUGUGUGGUGAACACGACACUGGACCAGGACUCAGCCAGCGCUCAGCUCACGGUGGUCGAACAGCCGGACGCGCCUACUGAUCUGGAGCUCACAGACCCGGGAGCGAGGAGCGUUCAGCUCACCUGGACACCUGGAGACGAACACAACAGCCCUACCAAGAAGUUCCUGAUCCAGUAUGAGGACGCUCUCCAUCAGAGCGGUGUCUGGCUGAACCUGACGGAGGUUCCGGGUUCGAGGACGACGGCUCACCUGAAGCUCUCCCCGUAUGUGCACUACAGCUUCAGGGUGCUGGCGCUCAAUGAUGUGGGAUACAGCCGACCCAGCAGAGCCUCACGCCAGUACAGGACCAGUCCCGCUGCUCCGGAUGAGAACCCCAGUGAGGUCAAAGGUCACGGCACUGAGCACAAUAAUCUGGUCAUAACAUGGAAGCCGCUGACCCCUCUGCAGGCCAAUGGUCCGGGUCUGCAGUAUAAGGUGAUGUGGCGUCAGCAGGAAGUGGAGCAGGAUUGGUCGUUCGUCACCGUGGCGAACGUCUCCAGGUUCGUGGUUUCGGGAACGCCCACGUUUGUGCCGUACGAGCUGAAGGUGCAGGCGCUCAACGACUAUGGCCACGCCCCCAAACCCAGCGCUGUGAUUGGUCACUCCGGAGAGGACUUUCCCUCUGCAGCUCCAGAAGCGGUGCAGGUGCUGGUUCUGAACAGUACUGAGGCUGAGGUGAGCUGGACACACGUUCCCCAGCGCUCGGUGCGCGGACGCCUGCAGGGAUACAGGGUUCAUUACCGGCGCGAGCGCAGUCUGCACCGCCACAACUCUCACCAUGGAGAGCAGCGCAGCGAGACCUUCAGCUCGGGCAGCAGCAGCGGCCGCCUGACAGACCUGCAGCCCUACAGCCUCUACAGCCUGCACAUCACUGCGCUGAGUGGACGCGGAGAGGGGCCCGCGAGCACCACACACCGCUUCCAGACGCCGGAGGGAGUUCCCGGAGCGCCGGCGUCCCUGCGUGUGUCUGCAGCUGAUCUGGAGUCAGUGCUGCUGGAGUGGAGCCCACCGCACCAGAGGAACGGCAGACUGACAGGAUACACACUCCGCUACCACACCGUGAGCGGCAGCAGUGAUGCGGGUGCGCUGCAGGAGCUGGAGCUGCCGGCCAAUCACAGCAGUGUAUCGGUGCACAGCCUCCAGCACAGCACACGCUACAGGUUCAGCCUGAGCGCCAGGACAGCGCAGGGGUCCGGCCCGCCGCUCACACAGGAGACCCUCACCGUGCUGGACAGAGGUACACACGCUACUGUGCGCGCGCUUGCUGUGUCGGGCGGCGCUCCUGCGUUCGGGAACCUCAGCUGGUCUGUGAGCGGGGCCGGAGCCCUCAUCAGCUGGCAGUACUGGGGCCCCGACACACACCUCUAUGUUGAAUAUAUGAUAGACGACAGUAAGAGCCUGCACGAGUACUGGCACAGCGAGCGGGUGAACGGCUCUCAGCUGCACCUGCUGCAGGCUCUGCAGGCGGGCCGGCUCUACAGGGUGCGGCUGCUGGCCCGAGACCACGGCUCCUCCAUCCACCAAUCAGAGGAGCUGCUGGUGCGGGUGCCAGCGCUGGUCAGUCCUCAGGUGGACAUCGCCACUCAGGGUUGGUUCAUCGGUCUGAUGUCGGCCAUCGCUCUGCUCAUCCUCAUCCUGCUCAUCAUCUGCUUCAUCAAGAGGAACAAGGGCGGAAAAUACCCCGUGAAAGAGAAGGAGGACGCUCACGGGGAUCCAGAGAUUCAGCCCAUGAAGGAGGACGACAUGACCUUUGGAGAGUACAGUGACGAGGAUCAUAAGCCUCUGAAGGGCAGCCGGACGCCGUCCAGCGGGAGUGUGAAGCGCGCAGACAGCGACGACAGUUUAGUGGACUACACAGACUCUGGAGACACACAGUUCAAUGAGGACGGCUCCUUCAUCGGCCAGUACAGCGGCCUGCAGUCAGCCCACCACAGCCCCCAGCCCUCGCCCAGCACCGCCUUCAACUCGCUCGUCUAACACACACACACACACACACGGGUUUACUACAGACUGAGUCAUGGCUGCGCUCACACACACACACACUCAAUCACGUUCCUCCUGAUGAAUGUGUGUGUGGACGCAGCCGCUGCAUGAUCCGUGUUCUGCUGUUCCAGACUGGAGACGCUCCUCAUCCAGACUGAACACACACCGCAUGUGCUUCACCAUCUCACACACACACACACACACACACACGCAUGUGCCUUGUGCUGAAACACAAACACACAUUGCUAACACACACACACACACACACAUACACUGAUACUGCACGCACACACACGCACACACUGAGGCUGUGUUGUCUGUUGUGUGUGUGUGUGUGUGUGUGUGUGUGUGUGUGUGUGUGUGUGUGUGUGUGUGUGUGUGUGUGUGUGUGUGUGUGUGUGCGUGCGUGCGCGUCUCCUCCAGCUCAGUGGAGACUUUUACUCUCUGCGUUUGGGUUUUUAUAUUUUGCCUUGUUCAGUUUUGUAGAUCUGCUGAUCAGAAUGAACCGUGUGCAUGCGUGCGUGCGUGUGUGUGUGUGUGUGUGUGUGUGUGUGUGUGUGUGUGUGUGAAAGAGAUUUUUAUGCUUUUUUCAUAACUUGCAUCAAGUUUGAAUCGAAAUGUUUGUUGUGUUGUACAGAUGUGUGCGUGUGUGUGUGUGUGCGUGUGUGUGUGUUACUGUAAAUAAAGCCAGUUUGUUUGCUUGAGGACUGAAGUAGUGUGUGUGUGUGUGUGUGUGUGUGAGUGAGAGAGAAUAAAUUCUUAAGUGUGUGUGUGUAAGAAAGAAUCAGUGUGAGUGAAUCAGUAGGAGUGUGCAUGAAUCAGUGUGUGUGUGUGUGUGUGUGUGUGUGUGUGUGUGUGUUUCACCGCCGCAGCAGUAUUUAUCUCUCGUGUCUGAUGUACGCAGCUCUACUGUAGUGUGUAAAGGGAUGUGUGUGUGUGUGUGUGUGUGUGUGUGUGUGUGUACUGUCAGACUGAUUAACCGCCGGAUCUUCAGUAUAUGCAGAUUAUCACUGAAUCAAUAAAUGAACUGCGCUACACA